AUGCCAAAAUAGCAGCAGUAAAAAAAAAGGGCUUAUGCUAAGGUGUCGUAUUCAAGAAAGGAGGCUUUGAGAUCCCUAGUAUUUCAAGAGGGAUUUAAGAUAAAAUAAGUAUUAUAUAUAAUAACUUUUUAAGGCUGCCCAACAAUUAUCGAUAAAUUAUGCUAGUGCUAAAACCAUCAUCAUCCAAUUUCGUUAAAGAUAAAUGAGAAAAUGUUUUAAAUAUUUAUCAAUGAAGCCUUGUCUUGUUAAAUAGGUUUCGUAAAUAAAAUGCUAGUUUAAAAUUAUUUCCUAAACAGGUGGAGAGAAGGUAAACGAAAAAGUAUAUGAUCUAAAUUGUUUGAAAUAAUAUCAUGAAUGA